GGGGCGGAUCGUGCGGCCGGCGGCUCCCUCGCGGCUCGCGGCGUCGGGGCCCGUGGCGCGCGCGCGCGGCCGCCCCUCGGCCCCGGAGCCCCUCGGCGGCGCCACCAUGUACUCGGGAGCCGGCCCCGUGCUCGCGCCUGCACCGCCACCACCACCCAUCCAGGGAUAUGCCUUCAAGCCCCCGCCACGACCCGACUUCGGGACCUCGGGGAGAACAAUCAAGUUACAGGCCAACUUCUUUGAAAUGGACAUUCCAAAAAUCGACAUCUAUCACUAUGAGCUGGAUAUCAAGCCAGAGAAAUGCCCAAGGAGAGUUAACAGGGAAAUAGUGGAACAUAUGGUUCAGCACUUUAAAACACAGAUCUUUGGGGAUCGGAAACCAGUGUUUGAUGGAAGGAAGAACCUCUACACAGCGAUGCCCCUUCCAAUUGGGAGGGAUAAGGUGGAGCUGGAGGUCACGUUGCCAGGAGAAGGGAAGGACCGCAUCUUCAAGGUGUCCAUCAAGUGGGUGUCCUGCGUGAGCUUACAGGCCUUACACGAUGCACUUUCGGGGCGGCUGCCCAGCGUCCCCUUUGAGACGAUCCAGGCCCUGGACGUGGUCAUGAGGCAUUUGCCGUCCAUGAGGUACACCCCCGUGGGCCGCUCCUUCUUCACGGCGUCCGAGGGCUGCUCCAACCCGCUGGGAGGGGGCCGAGAGGUGUGGUUUGGCUUCCAUCAGUCCGUCCGGCCUUCUCUUUGGAAGAUGAUGCUGAAUAUUGACGUCUCGGCAACAGCGUUUUACAAGGCACAACCAGUGAUUGAGUUUGUUUGUGAAGUUUUGGAUUUUAAAAGUAUUGAAGAACAACAAAAACCUCUGACAGAUUCCCAAAGGGUAAAGUUUACCAAAGAAAUCAAAGGUCUCAAGGUGGAGAUAACGCACUGCGGGCAGAUGAAGAGGAAGUACCGUGUCUGCAACGUGACCCGGAGGCCUGCCAGCCACCAAACGUUCCCGCUGCAGCAGGAGAGCGGGCAGACGGUGGAGUGCACAGUGGCCCAGUACUUCAAGGACAGGCACAAGCUGGUCCUGCGCUACCCCCACCUCCCAUGUUUACAAGUCGGGCAGGAGCAGAAACACACCUACCUUCCCCUAGAGGUCUGUAAUAUCGUGGCGGGACAGAGAUGUAUUAAAAAGCUGACGGACAAUCAGACCUCAACCAUGAUCAGAGCGACUGCCAGGUCAGCCCCCGAUCGGCAGGAGGAGAUUAGCAAAUUGAUGAGAAGUGCCAGUUUUAAUACAGACCCGUAUGUUCGUGAAUUUGGAAUCAUGGUCAAAGACGAGAUGACAGAUGUGACCGGGCGGGUCCUCCAGCCGCCCUCCAUCCUCUACGGGGGCAGGAACAAAGCGAUUGCCACACCGGUCCAGGGCGUCUGGGACAUGAGGAACAAGCAGUUCCACACGGGCAUCGAGAUCAAGGUGUGGGCCAUCGCAUGCUUCGCCCCCCAGCGCCAGUGCACGGAGGUCCACCUGAAGUCCUUCACAGAGCAGCUCAGAAAGAUCUCGAGGGACGCGGGCAUGCCCAUCCAGGGCCAGCCGUGCUUCUGUAAAUACGCCCAGGGGGCCGAUAGCGUGGAGCCCAUGUUCCGGCACCUGAAGAACACAUACGCCGGCCUGCAGCUGGUGGUGGUCAUCCUGCCUGGCAAGACGCCCGUCUACGCCGAGGUCAAGCGUGUGGGAGACACAGUGCUGGGGAUGGCCACGCAGUGUGUGCAGAUGAAGAAUGUGCAGAGGACCACGCCACAGACCCUGUCCAACCUCUGCUUGAAGAUCAACGUCAAAUUGGGAGGCGUGAACAACAUCCUGCUGCCACAGGGGAGGCCUCCGGUGUUCCAGCAGCCAGUCAUCUUUCUGGGGGCGGAUGUCACUCACCCCCCCGCUGGGGACGGGAAGAAGCCUUCCAUCGCCGCCGUCGUGGGCAGCAUGGACGCACACCCCAAUCGCUACUGCGCCACUGUGCGGGUCCAGCAGCACCGGCAGGAGAUCAUCCAGGACCUGGCUGCCAUGGUGCGCGAGCUGCUCAUCCAGUUCUACAAGUCCACGCGCUUCAAGCCCACCCGCAUCAUCUUCUACCGCGAUGGCGUCUCAGAGGGGCAGUUCCAGCAGGUUCUUCACCACGAGCUACUGGCCAUCCGCGAGGCAUGCAUCAAGCUGGAGAAGGACUACCAGCCGGGGAUCACGUUCAUCGUGGUCCAGAAGAGGCAUCACACGCGGCUCUUCUGCACCGACAAGAACGAGCGGGUUGGGAAAAGCGGAAACAUUCCAGCAGGCACCACCGUGGACACCAAAAUCACCCACCCGACCGAGUUUGACUUCUACCUGUGUAGUCAUGCCGGCAUCCAGGGAACAAGCAGGCCUUCCCACUAUCACGUGCUUUGGGAUGACAAUCGUUUCUCUUCCGAUGAGCUGCAGAUCCUCACCUACCAGCUGUGUCACACCUACGUGCGCUGCACGCGCUCCGUGUCCAUCCCGGCGCCAGCCUACUACGCUCACCUGGUGGCCUUCCGGGCCAGGUACCACCUGGUGGAUAAAGAACAUGAUAGUGCUGAAGGAAGCCAUACCUCCGGGCAGAGUAACGGACGAGACCAUCAGGCCUUGGCAAAGGCUGUCCAGGUUCAUCAGGACACACUGCGCACCAUGUACUUUGCUUGACAUGUUUUAGUGUUUACGAUUGUGUACCGAGGUGGAUUCACACGAGACCAGCUACACUCAGACCAACAAACGCCCAGCCCUAGCGUGACAGCCAGCACUGAACACGAGACGUCAGUGAUUUAGCAGAUUCUCCGUUUUCCAGAUUGCCUUCCGUCCCAGAUCUCAGACUUGGGUUUUGAGCUGCAGACCUGUAUGAGACCCCACUGUCGCAGGAAAUGUGGUUUGCCAAAAUCUAUGAGCUGCUUAUUAAAAUAGAGUCCCGUGUUUCCUAAAAAUCUCCUAAAACCAGUCUAUGAACUCAGGGCUUUAAAACAUUUUUAAUUUAUUUGGUCAUUCAACUUGCUUGUUUUUUAACACAUGAUCCUGUAUGAAAUUGUUGGACUCAAACUAGCUGUGAACGUUCUGAGAGUGGAAGCAACACAGCACACAACGUGGUUUUAAAGCCUUGACCAUUCUGAUGUCGUCACUAGGGCUUAUUUCAGAGUGACGCCAGUGCGCUCCUGACGUGGCUGGUGCCAGCCCUGCAGGACCCUAGGCGGGGCCGGGCUGAGGCGCCCGCAGUCUCUCGUUCUGCCAUUGCCUGCUUUUCCCUCAGCUCCCAGGAAGGCGCUGUGGCAGGGGAUGGGCCGCGUGUGUUCACAACAGUUAUAGGUCCAGAGGGAUUGGCAGACAAGUGCCGUUUUAAUAACAGUUUAUUUAAAAAAAGAAAAAAAAAGACAAUAUGCCGACAGUCUAAUCAUAAGAUUUGUCCUAUAGGACUGUGACAUUUAUUUUCCAAAGUUUCUAAAGAAUACGGGUCUGUGGUGAUAAAUAGAGUACAAUCCUUUUUCACUGUUAUAUAAGUCUUUAAUGUAAGAGGAAAAUACACGUAUCUGGUUUGCAGUAUUAAUGUGAUAGAAGCUGUUUUCCUUUUAUUGACUACGGGGUGCUUGUGACCUGUUCAGCAUAUCAAGAGUGUUUCGGAGCCUGGAGACUGGCCCACCUCUUGUGGCUCUCAGUGCUUAAGUACAGGAGUAUGCAAUUGACUGAAUGUGACCGCGGCCUGCCCCCCUCAGUGUAGACUGGACCCUCGGGAGGGCCGGGUGUGCACCCAGCAGUCACUCCCCUUCCCGCCUCCUCAUCCCGUGUGUCGCUCAGCCGAUUAAGCACAAGUGGAAUGCGUUUAUUCUUCCAUUCCUGGGAACGGGUCGGUGUGUCCCAGUGCGCUUCUCUGCGUGUGGUCUGUUAGACAAGCGUCAUAGGAUCUGUGCACUGAGGCACGUAGGCGGCUGGCGGUGCUGGCGCUCUGCUGGAUGCGAGGCUGGCGAUCAGCGACGGAGCCCUGCCCCCGGGAGGACGGCUGAGGGCGAAGCCAGCAGGAGAGGCAGACCCUUCUGCUAGGAUUUGCGUCCUGGGCCCUGGACGUGGGUUUGCCAAUCUAGAAACCACUGCACUAAGAGUGACACCGUGGACAGCUCGCCGGGGGAGCAGCGGAGCGCCAUUGGUGCUCGGUGGGUUUCUCGUCCUCGUAGGCAAUUUUAUUAAGAAUCAAAUCCGCAUUCAAUACAGAGAUUCGAGCAAGGAGACGAGACUUUCCCUAGUGCUGCUUUGUGCUCUGCAGGCCGCCUUGGGCCCUGCUGACGGCCCCCCUUUUUGGCCCGCCGGUGACCUCUGGUGCCCAGUGCUGUGUGUGAGGCUCCGAGGGGCGCGGGUAGAGCUGUAGUGGGUGCUCAGCCUGGACUUUGGUGGCAGCGACAAAGGGAUGACUAUGACUUGUGAAGAUAUAUACUCAGAGUGGUGUGUGCGUGUGUGUGUGUGUGUGUGUGUGUGUGUGCACACGUGGGUGUCACAUUAAUGGCAUUAGUCUCUUCUUGCUGUAUCUUUUUUUUUUUUUUGUCUUUUUAAAUGACAGAAGCCUCUGCUCUAAAAAAUGUUGCAAUUCCCUGUUGUUUUAUUAGCAAGUGGCACUUUCUCCCGUUCAGAAGGAUCCCAGUGCACUCUUGACGUAAAUUACCAGGAACAUUCAAACUAAGGGGGGACUCUUUUCACUAAUAAACUUUUAAAAUCUGAAAUUAGGUUAAUUUUCAGCCAUUUAGGACCGUCUAGAACUGUGUGUGUCAGAGGGGUGUUUCUGCCACUUGCAGGAGGAUCUUGGUGGUCGGCACAGUGGUGGUGAAAAGGCAGCGCCCCUGCGGCCCUCCCUGCGCAGACGCUCCAGGCCUGGGGCUGCCUGUCAGUGGGAGCUCUGGGGCUGAGCAGCUCCGACCUGGUGGCUUCUGGAGGCGUGCUCCCGCCAGCCCUGCUCCCCGGCAGUGCAGGGAGAGGUUUUCUAACCUCACACCCUGGGAUGGAUCUUAGGCUGGCCGGAAAUCAGACCAAAAAUUUUUUAAAAAUCAUUUUGAAGGAAAGUUUUCUUUCUAGUGGGCCGAAGUACUUUGAGAAAGGUACAUCUUACAGCCCUCUGCUUGUUUGUAAAGCUUUUCCUACUUAAAAACGUUAAUAAACCAAACGUCUCCAGCAGGGUUGGCUGCACACCCUCAUACGUGUCUGAUGGUCAGAAUUCAAAUGGCUGUUAUUACAUUUCUCAGGUAAAUAAUUGUUUUCCUAGAUUUCUACCAAUCCCCCCAUUAUUAGGAUAAAUUUUGAGACAGCAUUAAACCUCAGAGUGCAGCAGAGUAGUUCCAAGCCCUGUCCAUCUGGAAGCCAAAGGGGACCCUGCCCAUUCUGAUUGUGUUGUGCCCAGGGCGGCCUGGUGACCACGUGGCCGGCCUGAGAGGGGCCCAGGGACCUCGGCCUCUGCCUGUGUUUGGCAGGUUUCCUGAGGCCCGUGUGGGGCCUCGCCGAUUUCAGGGGCCUCCGCUUGCUGGCUUUGCCCCACCCCACUGUUAAGUAAGGUGUGCCUUGCUUUAAUUAAGCAAACUGAAUGUGAAGAUUAUGAUGUAGAAAAGCUGGAUUCAUUUAAAAGAAAAACUGGGAUUUAUCUCAUCUCUUUGAAAGAGGCCUCCCAAUUCAGUUCUUAUCCCGGGACUCUCCCUGGUGUAUUUUAAAACAUUCACUGUAAGAAAAGUUAACGUCUUCCGGUCCCUUCCGCACUGUCUGUUCCAUUGGCCAAGCUCUCGGCCAAGUAGCUCGGUGAUGAGACGCCCCGGGUGGGGGGUCGCCCUGCUGCUUGUGUUCUGAUCACAAGCUCAGACUUCCUCGUUCAUGUAGAUCGUGUAAAGCUGGGCAUCCCUGUACUUGCAGAAAGGGGUGGCUUUAUUUUGGUUUUGGUUUUCUGUUUUGAGAUGUCUUCACGUAUACACUUGGCUUCUGGUCGUGGUCUCACUCUCCCGCGAGUGAAUGCCUGUGAACCACGGCCCGGCCCACCCGGAGGGGCUGUCGGUGACGGAGUGAUCCCUGCGCCUUUCGCGGGCGGCCAUGCCCGGCGCUGUCCCUGAAGAUCGUGCCGCGAGUGCUCACUAGAAGAGACAGUUGAAGUUCAGUUCCUACAGCAGGGUUUUUGGGGGGGUGGGUGUCGCUGGUGUGUUGUGUGUUUUUAUUGUUGUAAAUGGAGAUGUCGCUAUUUAUUUUUCCCUUUCUGCUCUGGUUUGAUUUAGCUGGUGUGGAUAGUCCAGUGCAUGUGGUACCUGAUGGAGAUGAUAGAAAUUACUUUCCCCAACUUUUAUAAAUUACCUGAUGUUUGUUUCCCUUCAGGUUUGCUGGAUGAUUUAUUUUUGAAAGCCGCAAAUGCGGUUUCUCGGGGUGAGUUGUUUUUCUUACACGUGCAGCAGUGUAACUUCACACUGAGCUGCAGGGUGAUUUAAAUUUUAUUUUUACAAGGCAGUUUUCCAGUCAGAUUAUAUAUUUGAUACAACGCGUUAAGGGCAGACCAGCCACGCACUGAGCAGCUGGGGCCGCAGACUGUCUCGAGGAGGCCGGGCCGGCUGCUCUCGGCCACGCCCCGUCGCGGAAGCCCUUGGCCGGCUUCCGGAGCCGUCGGCAUCGGGAUGCGUCCUGCAGCGGGACUUGGACCUGCUGGACAGUUGAAGGACUUUUCCUGGGCAUUUCCUGCACCUAAGGCAGCUCCAUUGGGAGGAGCUUUAGAAGUUGACACAAUCCAGACAGUGGACAAUCCCAGUGGCCCAGACAAGCCAUAGAAGUUUUCCCCUGUGACCUCUCUCUAACUCACCUCUCGCGCUCCCGAGAAAAGGAAUGUACAGUAAACAGAAACUUCCUCAACGUCCACACGCCUCACUUUCAGAAUGCAACUGUUUUAUUUGUAUUUUCAGCCCUUCCCCAAAGUAACCCAGAAUGUUCUCUCCAGCUGCCGUGCCAGCAGUUUGGGCUGCUGUGACGUUUUUCAGUGUAGACGUAACGCUCGUGUGACUUCGUCAUGGGGCUGUCCGUGUUACACACACAUGCUGACUCUUUUUGUAAGGAAAAAUUUCAACUCAAAAUAAUUGCACUGAUUUUUUGACAACUUCCUUUUUAUUAUGUCCGACUUUGCAUCUGCUGUACUUGUUUGAAAUGAUUGUAAAUAGACUUAGGAUAGCAGAAAUGAUGUGAAUACACCCCAUUGCUUUGUUUUAGUGGUAUUGCCCCAUUUUUCAGUAUUAUGUGCUAGCGCUGUGUGGACUGACUUCUCCCCCCCCCCCCCCGCAGCCGUGUGCCUGUGACCGCUGAUGAAGGACAAGCUGGCCUCGUUGUCUUCUCGUCCUGGAGGGGAGUUUGCAGUCUGUUGGAAGGAGAGGACGCCCUCUCCUUGCGGUCUGAAGAUUUAAUUCUAAGAGGAUUAACUAUAAACCCUUUUGCUCUGUUUAAUUCCUUGUUACUUGCCGUGACUCCCUAAAGCGUUUGCCUCUGGCUCCAUCCAGCAUUUGACAGCUCAGAGGGGAAGCAUCUGAACAGCCACAUUUCCCAAGAGUCAGGGCCUCCCUUCUCUUUGCUCCGCCGUCAUCUCAAAGCCAUGAGGUCACUGUUGUGUCAGAACCGUCGUUUGUGGCUUAACCCAGAGGUGCUGGGCGGGCCUGAAAUCCAGUGAUGUUCCUUUGUGCCCUGUGAUUUGCCAGACUAGAUCGUUGCUCCAGCCCACAGCGUGUAAUUCUGUUUGUGGUCGGGCUGCUGGGACCUCUUAAACCCAAACCAGUCAUCUGAGUGUGUGUUAUAUGUCGCGUCCCUGCCAUCUCGGUGCCCUCACUUAAUGCUUUUUUGGAUGUUUUGCCGUUUUAUUGUCUAAAGUGAAUGUAUUGGCUUAGCCAUAUCACUACAGAAGGUGGUUAUUAAAUACCUUUUAGUUUAAAAAAAAUGCAGAUAAAGGCUACCUCUGAAUUCUCAAUAGACUCGUGCUUUUAAGCGUAGCUGUCCACCCUGCAAACAGCCAAAAUGUUGCCUGAAUAAACUGAAUUGUGAGCAUCUCUCUGUUCGGUUCUGGCUUGACCAUUUGUGUGCCAUACUGUGACCCACGGGCAGUCCCCUCCCCAACGUGUGUCAGGACCAGACCAGGGACUCCUCUGGGCUGCCCAGCUCCGAGAUUCUAGGACUCUCAGUGCCAGCGGGACUGGAGCCGGGGGCCAUUUCCGCGCCAACCUCAGGUGUGAGGCCUUGUACGGCGAAACCUGGAAAUGACCCACAGUCCUCCUGGCUUCUUACUUUCCUGUUUGACGUAAGAAGGCAUUUUUUUUUCUGCUUUCCUUAUGAAAGGGUUGAAGGUGGCUCCCUCCACUCUCUCCUCCAUUUUCGUGUGCUCUGUAAAAUCACGAAGGUGCUUGCACGCCGACUCCCAUGCAGACAGUGCCCUUACAGUACUGCGUGGUUUCAGAUGCAGGGCAGACGUCAGUGCCCUUUGACUUGGGAACUUUGAGUUACUGUCACUCCGUACUUUGAAACGAUAAGAUUUGAAAGCAGAAUGUUCUGUUCCAAUCCAAGGCCCUUGGUUUGAAAGGAGCACAGGGUCCACGGCGGCGUCUCGAAGUAGGCGUGCCCUCUGCCUGCGUGCUGGGCUUCUGUCCUGGGGGGGUUUGUCUCACGUGUGAUUAACCACUUUGCUGUCAGGAAUGUCCUUUGCCCGCAUGCUGCUGUGGGCCGGUCAGGCUCACCCUCUGCCUCCUCCACGUCUUUCCUUAGGUUCCAUGUGUUCUCUUGUCGUCACAAGGUGAGUGUCUGCUGCAAAAGCACCUGCACUAGUUGCUUCUAAGUUCUUGAGGGGCAGGUGAGCAGCGUUGCACUUGCAGACACCUGGGUGUGCCCUGGCAGUUUUGCUCCCCUCUAGAUGCUCAGCCAACCUUGACUUUGUCCCAGCGAGGUUCCAGUCGCACCGUACGUGGAAGUCAUUGCCUUUAACGCUGUUGUUUUCAUGCUGCGUGGAGUGCUUUAAUCCCAAAAGUGCUUAGUGUCCUUUGCGGUUUUCCUAAGAACGUGUCAUUCUGCGGUCACGCUGUUCUGCAGAUGCAGGCGCCCCCGGCAUCUGCUGACUGCUCCCAGGGCUCCUAGGGUCUCUGAAGCAGCUCGUUUCCAGCCAGAAUCCCAUACAGGGUUUUCCGGGGGGCACUGCACGUGGCCACCUCCUCUCCAGCGAUGUGAACCACUGAGCUCAGGUCUGCCCGUCAGCCUGUUGUAUGCACGAGGUGGGCCUCCGCCACCAUCUUUGUGUUCCUGCAAGAUCAUUAAAGGUGAGGGAACUGAAGGUUACUGGUGCUUUUGUGAACACUUUGCUGUCUUACUGGUCGAUGUGAGAAACUGAGGUGUGGUUGGUCUUUCAGUGCCCUUGGUGGGGCGGCAGGGGGGCUGAAGGGCCCUGACGCCUUCUUCAGGCAGUUAGAAGAGGCUGAAUUUUCUCCUACUUACAAACUCCUUGGAUUUCAGUAGUUCAGAGUUAAAGCUGGCACACCAAAUACUGGCUUUUCUCCCCUCCCAUCCCUGACGUGUCUCCAGGAGCUCCAUGUGGAGGCCAGUCCCAUCAGUACUGUCGGCACCUGCAACCUGAGUUGAUCGCAGGUGCGCCCCACACCACGAGUCCGGGCUGCAUGGCACCGCCUGGCAGAACUCAGUGCUAGUGAGGGGCCCGAGGCUCCUUUGACCUCUGGCUAUGGUAGGGACAAUCCCCAGGGUGGGACUGCUGGCCCUCUGACCUAAGAAACAGUUGGCGCCCAGGCCUCCUCCGGUCCCCGUCGGUGCCGGACUGAGUGUGCCCAGAGACCCGAGCUCAGCCUCUGUGCCUUCCAGUUGGGUCCUGGGGGUCCUCCAGCAUCACGUCGGGGCUGCGUUUUUACUGGGAAGGAAGCCUGUCCUGUUCCACAGUCAGUCCCUGACCCCCCCGCCUUUGAAGCUGCUUCUGCUCCUUGGCUCCCAGCGUUGUAAACUGUGAGGCCAGCACGUUAUCUCUGGCUGGAAGGCUCUGGGUCUCAGCUGCCUGAUUCCCCUGGCCCGGAGCUGCUGGGGCUUCAGGAAGGUGGGGCAGGGCCCACCUCUUGGUCAGACCACAAACCUUGUGCUCAUGAUCACCUGGCGUGAGUAUUUAGUGGCACUAGAUUUUUUUAAGAGAUGAAUUGGAAUUGGAAUCAUGUCUUUGUAGAAUGCAUGUGAAGUCCUAGAUGAAGGUGCUAUUUCAGCCCUCCGUCUGCCGUGGCGGAGUGCUUCUCCUCACUGUGGCUGUUUUGUGAUGUGCGGGGAACUGCUCCCUUGGGCAUGGUGUCACCUAGAGCCAGUUCCGAGGUGCCUAAAGCGCAGCUUUUAGCUUUGACUUUUUCAAAACAGGAACCAAGCAGUUUUCUUGGCUGAUGGCCUAAUUAAACGCUCCUUCCCUCUCAGUGGAUGAUCUUAUUGGUUUUAAGUGGGGAAAAUAACCCAACAUUUUAAAGUGUAUAGAAAAGCCUUGUUGGUGGCUGCUCCAGGCACCGCCCUCUCCCCAGCCCUUCAUUCCGAUGAGGGGGGCCCUCCCUGCACAGAGACACUGGCCACAGGCAGGCUGGAGAGUAACGAUUUUGGUCCUUCCUUCAAAGCCAAAUGUACACAGGACUGAGAUCCUGGAUGUCUGUAGUUUAGCACUAAACUGAAAUCUGACUCCUGAGUUUGAUAGUGGAUUUUAAAUGUAGUUGUUGAAGGUAUAAAUUCAUGUUUUGUAACUGUAGAGGCAAGUGAGUUUUUACUUUUUAAAAAGUUUUAAGGGAAUAAUUGUAAGUUUCUGUGCAGCAAAGUGGCUAAUUACUCAUUAAAUACAAGAAAAGAAUGUAGUGUCUAAAUCCAGAUUUUUCUUACCUCUGGUACACUUCAGAUUGCUUACCUAAUAUGUAUUGAGGGGUUUCAACCCUGAGUUUUAUCAACUUUUCUAGUUUUAUUUUAUUUUUAUAAAAUAAUUGAAAAAAACCAAAAAUGAAUUCAAAUGUUCCAUAGGUAGAUCUUGCCCCUUCUUAAUUCCCCCCCACACAAAAUUUUAGAAGACAUUUUGAAUCAAAAUGUAUUCUGACCAUUUAAAGUUUACUAUUUUCUAAGAAGCUGAGCAGCUCCAAGGGCCUCAUUUCAGGUGGUACUCUGCGUGCCGUCUGCAGACUCCUUCACCUGUGCGGUGGGUCUUGUGACAAUGUCUUGUGCUUGCAAUAUGGAAACCGUGCGGUGCUGUUGUGUAAACUGGCAGUUCCUGUAUAAACUAGUAUUUACAGACAUUGGCCUCUCUGUAUGACUUUUCGUUUGCUACAUGAAUUGUAAAAUUAAUUAUAAAAUUCUAGUACCUGCUAAAUAUGAUUCUGAGGCUUCCUGUCCUUGUCUUUAGUUUAAUACCAUUCUGUGUGUUUUGAGGAUGUCCAGUGCUUGCAUGAUGCUAGGUGGUAAUGCCACUUUAAAUUAAGCCUUAAUCAGAUGUUAAAUUUGUAAGUUUCAGAGUAUGCAAAAAUACUAGGCAGAAUGAGUUAAAACUGUUCAGAUCAAGAUGCUAUAUCAUAAUUCAGUAAGUCUUUCCUCCGGAGUUACAAAGGGAAACUUUCAGUGACACAGACACCUCUCUCUCUCUCUCUUUCAGUGACACAGACACCUUUCUCUCUCUGUCUCUCUGUCUCUCUCUCUCUCUCAGGUCUGGCUGGCUGUUACCAUUGCCUGAUGAAAAUGGACCAUUGUACAUUUCUGUGGCAGUCAGCCAGAAAGACCUGUUCUAAAAAUCUUGAGACUUUUUCAGGGUUAUUUUUAAAUGUUUGAUUUUCCCCCUCCAGUCUGAGAUUUCUUUAUGGCUGAUGGAGAGUAUGAUUUGGGCGUAAAUCUUUGCAAGCCUGCUCAUGUUCUAAGCUUCCUUCAGGUAGUGCCACCUGCCACCUGCCAUUGCUUCUGCAGAUGAUUACAUGGACUUUUGUUUUUGUAAAAGCAUCUUAAAUUUAGACAUAAAAUGGAGGGGACCCAGCUUUCUUUACAAUGUGGAUCUACCUCAGUUAAACAGUUGGGUGCUAUUUACUAAAUCUGUCAAAUUAAAUUGGAAAAAGUAAUGAAACAGUGAGAUGUAACUCCACAUGAAGCUUGAAAUCAUAAUUUCUGUUUAUUUAAUAAUAAUGUAUUUAUUUUGUGCCUUUUGUGUUGAAUCCUAAUGCAUUGAGAAAAGUCCCUAUGAAAUUAAGUAUUUCAUGUUGCAGACGGGGAGAAAGAGCCCAGUUGGCCCUGGAACUUGAGAAAUCACCCCGCCAGCUACUAACGCAUAUCGGAGUCCCAGCUGCCCUCUCGGGAAAGGAAAAAACGUCCAAGAGCAAAUUCAACAUUUCACAGAUUCCAAACUCUUCUAUGCAUAUGUUUGUAGCUAUCACUUCAUUUUUUGUGCCAGUGAAGGGGCGGCUAAAACAAACUCACAAACACACUUGUCGUUGGUGUUUUCACCAUGAGUGCCCCACCCCUUCCUCUGGCGCGUUUGAUGUUUGUUUCAUAAGCAGCGAGAGGACUUGUGGAUUUUGUCUCCCCCGCCUCCUGGUGGGGUGUUGAGGACCAUCGACAGAGGAAGGGGGAGCCUGCGGGGGCUGGGGGGGGGGCCUGCAUUCAGCAGCAGCCCUGGUGGUUCUGGAAGUUAGGAAAGCUUUCUGGCAGGUGAGAAAAUAAGGUAGGAGAUGGAUGACUUUCCAUGCUUUUAUAUUUGGCAGUUUACAAUUCUAGACUUUUCCUACUAUGGCGAUCUUUUUUAACUUAAUUCUUUGGAGGUAACACAAUAUUUUGGAGUCUUAAGAAUUUGAUUUUAUACCAAUAAGAAAUAAGAAUUAGGGAUCUUUCCUGUAGUGUAUAGUUUUACUAUUUUAAAGAGAUCUCUGGAUUUUACAAGAGAACCAACAUUCCUUAGUGGCAAAACUUUGAAAGUUGAUUUGGGAGGCUUUUUGCUGCAGGAUCUAAAAAAAAAAAAAAAAAAAAAAAAAAGGGGAUGAUUCUAGUUAAGUGUUUUUAAUUUUUAAACUUCCAUCAGGUCGAUUCUUAAGCUAUAUUCUGUAAAGAGUAAAUCAUCCUUUCGUAUGCUGCAUAUGAAGAUCAGCCUUGUUGCACUUUCUCUAAUAAUAAUAAAUGCCCUACGAUUGGCUCACCAGGAAGCGUUUUGUUUUUUACCUAUCAAGAGUGCUUUGGGGCAGGUGAUUAAAUUUAUAUAGGUACCUCAAGAAAAAGAACCUGAAUAUGCUGCAUUUUGUUUCUUUAGCUUUUAUAGGUAGCAUUUUGUUCUGCUCUUAGCAUUUUGUUUAGAUACAUGCUGUUUGGACCCCAAUAAACUGUUGAAAGAAAUCUUAAAAGUUACUCUUGUAGGGAUACAGUAUCCUUUUUUUUUUUAAACUUUCUGCAAUAUCUGGUUCAAAGGUUGCCCACCAGUAGAUUAAUGCUUUACCCAAAUACAUCCAUGAAAAAGGAUACCAUGUUGGUAAGCAGACAAUAAUGUUCCCAGUCCUUUCUGUUCAUGCUGCUUUCUUAAUUCUUUUCUCCAUAUCAUCAAGAGGUUGGAUAACUUAUUUCUAAGGUCAGACUGAAACAUCACAGCAUCCAAACGUUUUCAACACAGACCUCACAAAAUCGCCCUUGAGUAAGUAGCAUGAUCCUAAAGGCAUUGCUGGCGCUAGGCAGCCGGCUUGACCUGGCCUCUCAGACGAGCCAGUCUCCGCACCUCUCUUCCCCAGCGCUCGCCCUGAACUGAACAGGCGGGGAGUGGGCUUGACUGACAAAGAUAAACUGGUGAAGAAAGCUAAAGGCUGAGACACUGAGCAUCUAUUGUCAUGUUUAAACUUAGCUGGGUCCUUUUGAGUUUGUUUUACAGCUUACUAGGUUAAGUAGUUUGCACUAUUUUUGCAAUAAAUUCAUGGAAAACCUAACAGUUACUUGUUUUCUUAUUGUGGGUAUGUAAACUAAUACUAAAAGUUUGGCAUAGUGUUUUUUCACCUCCUUACAUAACCCUUAACAUGCACAGAAUGCUGUAAAUCUGAUAAACUAUGAUGUGAAUGAUAUUUUAUAAAGUUAUUUUGUAUGGUGUCAAUUUUGUUUUGCCUCAUAGUAUGUCAGCAAAAAAUUAAAUAAAAUUCCUCGUAUUUACAGCUGCCUCUCCCAAA